AUGACUGCAGAUUCCAAAGCGUUAAUACGGGACCCCCAAAAGGGCACCGAGACGCCAUUUGAUAGAGACAAGCUACGACAGUAUCUUGAGUCGCUCUCGCAAGGUCUGAACCCGGAUUUUGUGAAAGUUGAUUCCAUACUCAACAAGGUUGUGAGUGGUCUUCCCGACUCUUUGACGGUACGUGAGCUCAUGGACCUGACAUCUGAAGUCUGCGCUUCUUUGACCACUGUGCACUAUGACCAUUCAACUUUGGGAGCCAGAGUUCUUGCUUGCCAUUUACAAAAACAGGUUUGCCCUUCGUUUUCAGCCAAUAUAGACAGAAUGAGAAAUUAUGUCCCUAACGGGUACCGUCGAUUCAAAAAAUUAAUCUCGAAAGACGUUCACGAGAUAGUGAUGAAGCACCGUGAAGUGCUAGAUAAGGCGAUCGAGUCCAAGCGAGAUUUUGAUAUGGACUAUUUUGGGUUCAAAACCAUGGAGAGAUCGUAUUUACUCAAGAUUGACGGGGUUGCAUGUGAGACUCCACAAUAUUUGUUCAUGAGAGUUGCUUUGGGUAUACACAAAGAUAAUAUUGCCCGAAUUUUAGAGACAUAUGAGCUGAUGUCCUUGAAAUAUUUCAUCCAUGCUUCUCCUACGCUUUUCAACUCGGGAACAGAAACCCCCAACCUGUCUUCCUGUUUCCUAUUGGCCAUGGAAGGCGACUCUAUCGAUGGCAUAUUCCGCACAGUGCACAAAUCUGCGCUAAUUUCAAAAGCUGCUGGAGGAAUCGGUUUUCAUGCUUCUAACAUCCGUGCGGCUGGAACAUAUAUUUCUGGUACAAAUGGUACGUCCAACGGCUUGGUACCGAUGCUCCAGGUGUUCAACAGUACGGCCAAGUAUGUUGACCAGGGAGGGAACAAGCGUCCCGGGGCGUUCUGCGUGUAUAUAGAGCCGUGGCAUGCAGACAUUUUCGAGUUUUUGGAUUUGCGCAAAAACCACGGCAAGGAAGAGUCGCGUGCACGGGACCUGUUCUACGCCUUGUGGAUUCCUGACCUGUUCAUGGAGAAGGUGGAACAGGACUCUGAAUGGUGUUUGUUCUCACAAGAUGAGUGUCCUGGCCUCACUGAUUGCUACGGGACAGAAUUUGCAAAGCUUUAUUGCAAGUACGAGAUGGAAGGACGGUACACCCGGAAAAUCCGCGCACAGAAGUUGUGGCAUGCCAUUUUGACUGCACAGACAGAGACGGGAAACCCGUUCAUGCUGUACAAAGACGCCUGCAACCGUAAAUCGAAUCAACAGAAUUUGGGGACCAUCAAAUCGUCCAAUCUCUGUUGUGAGAUUGUCGAGUAUUCUUCUGAUAAGGAGACUGCUGUUUGCAACCUGGGGUCUCUGGCACUGCCUACCUUUGUGAAGCAGACCGAGUCUGGUCCCAAGUUUGACUUCAAACAACUCCACGAAGUUUGCAAGUUCCUGACUCGCAAUCUGGACACCGUCAUUGAUGUUGGACUUUAUCCUAUCCCUGAGGCUGAGAAAUCAAAUAAACGUCACCGUCCGGUGGCUGUUGGUGUUCAAGGUUUGGCAGAUGUGUUUUUCAAGCUUCGAUACCCGUUCGGGUCUCCAGAAAGUCGCGAACUCAACAUCCAGAUUUUCGAAACCAUAUACCAUGCUUCUUUGGAGAUGUCGAACGAGUUGGCUGUGGAAAACGGUCCGUACGAGUCGUAUGAAGGGUCGCCGAUCUCCAAAGGUGUUUACCAGUUUGAUUUCUGGAAGACCAAGCCCACCAACCUUUGGGACUGGGACAAGUUGAAAUCACAGAUUGGCAAACACGGGGUGCGGAACUCUUUGCUGGUUGCACUGAUGCCGACCGCGUCGACGUCACAGAUCUUUGGGUUCACAGAAUGUUUCGAGCCCAUCACGUCCAACAUCUACUCGCGGCGUGUUCUGUCUGGUGAGUUUCAAGUGGUGAACAAGUAUCUGGUUGACGAUCUGGUGCGGCUCAAUUUAUGGGACAACGAUCUCAAGAACGAGAUCGUGCAGAUGGACGGGUCUGUGCAGACAAUUGAGCGGAUCCCACGUGAAAUUCGUGACCUGUACAAGACCGUCUGGGAGAUGCCGCAGCGAGUCAUCAUCGACAUGGCUGCGGAUCGAUCUCCGUUCAUUGACCAGUCUCAGAGCAUGAAUCUGUUUCUGCGCAACCCCACCAUGUCCAAGCUGACAAGCAUGCACUUCUACGCGUGGAAGAAAGGUCUCAAGACGGGGAUCUACUACUUGCGGACUCAGGCUGCUGCCUCUGCUAUUAAGUUCACACUCAACCCAAGUUAUAAACGGAGUGUGUCUGAGCCAACAGACUCCCUGAAAAAGCAAAAGUCAGGCGCCUUCAACAUCUACGAUACCCAGGUCCUCGCGUGCAAGCUCGAUGACCCUGAAAACUGCGAGUCGUGCUCAAGUUAG